AGGAGAGACAGUGUUGUGAAUUGUACACUGGUAAGCUACUUGGUGAAACCAGGCGUUGUAUUUUUAAUGUGUUCAAUUAUAUUUAAAAUCAAGUAAGUCUUAGGUUUGUGCCUGGUUUUCUUUGAAAGUAUGGAUUGUUAUCUGAGGGUUGCAAUUGAUGACGUCUUGAUACCAUAUUAAUAUGUUUGCGGCUGCUACCAAGAGCUUUGUCAAGCAAGUUGGAGAUGGAGGGAGAUUAGUCCCUGUUCCAAGCCUCAGUGAGGCUGACAAAUACCAACCUCUAAGUCUGGUGGUAAAAAAGAAGCGAUGCUUUCUCUUUCCUAGAUAUAAAUUUACCUCAACACCUUUUACACUGAAAGAUAUUCUUCUAGGAGACAGAGAAAUUUCAGCCGGUAUUUCAUCUUAUCAGUUACUGAAUUAUGAAGAUGAAUCAGAUGUUUCCCUCUAUGGAAGACGAGGCAACCAUAUUGUGAAUGAUGUUGGGAUUAACGUCACUGGAUCAGAUUCUGUUGCAGUUAAAGCUUCAUUUGGUGUGGUGACCAAACAUGAAGUGGAAGUAUCAACGUUACUCAAGGAAAUUACUACACGAAAAAUUAAUUUUGACCACAGCUUGAUACGUCAGACAAGGAGCAGCAGAAAGGCAGUAUUGUGUGUGGUCAUGGAAAGCAUUCGAACUACACGACAGUGCUCACUGUCUGUGCAUGCUGGAAUUCGCGGGGAAGCCAUGCGGUUUCAUUUUACGGAUGAACAGAAUCCCAAGGGAAGGGACAAAGCUAUUGUUUUUCCAGCACACACAACCAUAGCUUUCAGCGUUUUUGAACUCUUCAUUUACUUGGAUGGUGCCUUUGACCUUUGUGUCACUUCAGUGUCAAAAGGAGGAUUUGAGAGGGAAGAAACCCCAACAUUCGCGCUGCUCUACAGACUGAGGAAUAUUCUAUUUGAGAGAAAUAGAAGAGUGAUGGAUGCCAUUUCUCGUUCACAGCUGUACUUAGAUGAUCUUUUUUCUGACUACUAUGACAAACCUCUCAGCAUGACUGAUAUUUCUCUCAAAGAAGGGACUCAUAUCCGAGUUAACUUGCUUAAUCACAACAUUCCAAAAGGACCUUGCAUACUCUGUGGAAUGGGGAACUUUAAAAGGGAGACGGUUUAUGGGUGCUUUCAGUGCUCUGUCGAUGGGCAUAAGUAUGUGAGACUUCAUGCGGUUCCUUGUUUUGAUGUUUGGCACAAGAGGAUGAAAUAAAAUGGAAAGUGAAUGUAGUGUUUUAGGUGCAACUGUGCCACACACCUUUCCAAAAUCAUCUAGGUAUGCUUUGAUGAAUUGUGGCAAAUUAAAGAGGGAGAAGAAAGAGAAAUUUACCUGUCUGGGCAUCAUUUUCUUCAUUUAUAAACAUGGAGAUGAUAAUAGAGUCUGCCCUAUAAAUUAUCAUAAAGAUUAAUAUUACUUAUGUGAAAAAAGGUUUAAAUGCAAAAUUCAAAAUAUAGAUGUUCCUUCAUGAAAUCUUCCAGUUACUUUAGAACUAUAUUUGGGAU